CGCAAGGCUGGGCACUCCCCCGGGAGAGAGGCCUGCUGGGCCGGAUGACGUGGCCUGGCAACGUCCCGGCGGGUGUGCCUCUCGGGAACCCGGCGCCGCUGAACUGCCCGCGGCCUAGUCCCGACGCGCGUGUGUGAACCGGAGCUGGAGACAGCGACGGCGGCGGCCCGGCUUGCGAGGACCCGACGGGGCCGCUGCCAUGGGGGAGUGACCCGCCUGUGCCCGCUGGUCCGCGGCAGCGGCGAGACAUGAGGAGACUCCGCGGAGGGGGCAGCGGCGGCGGCUCCUGAGCCCUGGGAUGGAGGAGAAAUACGGCGGGGACGUACUGGCCGGCCCCGGCGGCGGCGGUGGAGGCGGCCUCGGGCCGGUGGACGUGCCCAGCGCUCGGUUAACAAAAUAUAUUGUGUUACUAUGUUUCACUAAAUUUUUGAAAGCUGUGGGACUAUUUGAAUCAUAUGAUCUCCUAAAAGCAGUUCACAUUGUUCAAUUCAUUUUUAUAUUAAAACUUGGGACUGCAUUUUUUAUGGUUUUGUUUCAAAAGCCAUUUUCUUCUGGGAAAACUAUUACCAAACACCAGUGGAUCAAAAUAUUUAAACAUGCAAUUGCUGGGUGUAUCAUUUCACUCUUGUGGUUUUUUGGCCUUACUCUUUGUGGACCACUAAGGACUUUGCUGCUAUUUGAACACAGUGAUAUUGUUGUCAUCUCACUACUCAGUGUUUUGUUCACCAGUUCUGGAGGAGGACCAGCAAAGACAAGGGGGGCUGCUUUUUUCAUUAUUGCUGUGAUCUGUUUAUUGCUUUUCGACAAUGAUGAUCUCAUGGCUAAAAUGGCUGAACACCCUGAAGGACAUCAUGACAGUGCUCUAACUCACAUGCUUUACACAGCCAUUGCCUUCUUAGGUGUGGCAGAUCACAAGGGUGGAGUAUUGUUACUAGUACUGGCUUUGUGUUGUAAAGUUGGUUUUCAUACAGCUUCCAGAAAGCUCUCUAUAGAUGUUGGUGGAGCCAAACGUCUUCAAGCUUUAUCCCAUCUUGUUUCUGCUCUUCUCUUAUGCCCAUGGGUCAUUGUUCUUUCUGUGACAACUGAGAGUAAAGUCGAGUCUUGGUUUUCUCUCAUUAUGCCUUUUACAACGGUUAUCUUUUUUGUCAUGAUCUUGGAUUUCUAUGUGGAUUCCAUUUGUUCAGUCAAAAUGGAAGUUUCCAAGUGUGCUCGCUAUGGAUCCUUUCCCAUUUUUAUUAGUGCUCUCCUUUUUGGAAAUUUUUGGACACAUCCAAUAACAGACCAGCUUCGGGCUAUGAACAAAGCAGCACACCAGGAGAGCACUGAACAUGUCCUAUCUGGAGGAGUGGUAGUGAGUGCGGUAUUCUUCAUUUUAUCUGCCAACAUCUUAUCAUCUCCCUCUAAGAGAGGACAGAAAGGUACCCUUAUUGGAUAUUCUCCUGAAGGAACACCUCUUUAUAACUUCAUGGGUGAUGCUUUCCAGCAUAGCUCUCAAUCAAUCCCUAGGUUUAUUAAGGAAUCACUAAAACAAAUUCUCGAGGAAAGUGACUCUAGGCAGAUCUUUUACUUCUUGUGCUUGAAUCUGCUUUUUACCUUUGUGGAAUUAUUCUAUGGUGUGCUGACCAAUAGUCUGGGUCUGAUCUCAGAUGGAUUUCACAUGCUCUUUGACUGCUCUGCUUUGGUUAUGGGACUUUUUGCUGCUCUGAUGAGUAGAUGGAAAGCCACUCGGAUUUUCUCUUAUGGGUAUGGCCGAAUAGAAAUUCUCUCUGGAUUUAUUAAUGGACUUUUUUUAAUAGUAAUAGCUUUUUUUGUGUUUAUGGAGUCAGUGGCUAGAUUGAUUGAUCCUCCAGAAUUAGACACACACAUGUUAACGCCAGUCUCCGUUGGAGGGCUGAUAGUAAACCUUAUUGGUAUCUGUGCCUUUAGCCAUGCUCAUAGCCAUAACCAUGGAGCUUCUCAAGGAAGCUGUCACUCAUCUGAUCACAGCCAUUCACACCAUAUACAUGGACACAGUGACCAUGGGCAUGGUCACAGCCAUGGAUCCAUAGGCGGAGGCAUGAAUGCUAACAUGAGGGGUGUAUUUCUACAUGUUUUGGCAGACACACUUGGCAGCAUUGGUGUGAUUGUAUCCACAAUUCUUAUAGAACAGUUUGGAUGGUUCAUUGCUGAUCCCCUCUGUUCUCUUUUUAUUGCUAUAUUAAUAUUUCUCAGUGUUGUCCCACUGAUUAAAGAUGCCUGUCAGGUUCUGCUUCUGAGACUACCAUCAGAAUAUGAAAAAGAACUACAUAUUGCUUUAGAAAAGAUACAGAAAAUUGAAGGAUUAAUAUCAUACCGAGACCCUCAUUUUUGGCGUCAUUCUGCCAGUGUUGUGGCAGGAACAAUUCAUAUACAAGUGACAUCCGAUGUGUUGGAACAAAGAAUAGUACAGCAGGUUACAGGAAUACUUAAAGAUGCUGGAGUAAACAAUUUAACAAUUCAAGUGGAAAAAGAGGCAUACUUUCAACAUAUGUCUGGACUAAGUACUGGAUUUCAUGAUGUUCUGGCUAUGACAAAACAAAUGGAGUCUAUGAAAUAUUGCAAAGAUGGUACUUACAUCAUGUGAGAUAACUCAAGAAUUACCCCUGGGGUACAAACAAUGACAAUUGAAGAACUCAGUAUUUGUAGUAUUGCCAGAAGGAUGAAAAUUGCACAUAAUUGUACAGGAACUUUUCAAGCUCUCUACGAUCGGAUCAAGGAAUCUUUCUUAAAGGAAAUUUAAAUACAGAAUGAAGUAUUAAUUAUACAAGUAAAAUAAUUAUUGUUCGGAUUAUGUGUAUAAAGGAAUCUUAAAGUUUGAGUGAACGUAAGGUAUCACAUCAUCUUCAAAAAUGGAGACAUAAUGAUGGAUUCCAGUGAAGACCAAAAUUAUUUCUGUUUGUUUACUUUCUACCAGAAAGCAUCUUCAUUGUAAAUAUGUAUUUACAUGUUUAUUACAAAGACCUAAACGAGAAAUUUUUAGUCGAUUUUUUGCAUAGCCUAAGGAUAAAAUAGGAAUAAAAGUUCUAUAUUUAUGGAUUUUCUGUAUAUAAACUGGUUUCUAAUUAUAACUUAAGUCCAUUAAGUAAAAUCUGUAUUGCCACUUUAAAUGUAAACUAAAUUAUUUGGGAGAAACUUCAACCACUGGUAUGAGAUGAAUGAGAAUAGGAAAGUAUAACAUUACAGUUUUUGAUGUAUUAUGAAAAUCAACCACUCUGUAAAAUAAAUUUUUUUACUUUUGGUAAUAUUUGCAAGUGAAUAAUUAAUUUAGUAGGGUAAAGAACUCAUACUAAAUUGUGUCCAUGUUAUUCAUUCACUUGUCAUCGUCCUCCAAAUUAGAAUAUUCCAUUUCUUAUUAUACAUUUGGCAUUCCAAGCUGCUUAUCAAGCUGGUAUCUAAGCAAUGCAGGGCUUCUCAUUUUUUCAUUUAGCUCCAUAUGUUGUAGAACAGCCAGUUAAGAGAAUCAUAAACAAUUGUCAACUCAGAGUUAAAUUCUCUGCCUAUGGAUGUCACAUUUUUCCUAAUUUCUAGAACAUAUAUAAGAAAUAUCAAAAAGUAGGUAACUAUAUCAAGGUUUAGUAAGUAAAACUUGUCCAUAAACAUUUGGACACCAUGAAAUCAAAAUACCAUACAACUACUUUCUGUAGUAAUACAUAAUUUAUAUUUUUUCAUUUCCAAUUUUGACUGGAUAUGUAGUCUGAAAAAACUUUAUGAUGAUAGAUAGAUAUGUAAUAAUAUAUGCAGUCUUAUGAACACCAAAGAAUGUUGUCCAAAAGAAACUUUUGAAUACCUAUCUAUUUAUAAACAUCUGAAUAUUUUCAUUCUUAUACUAAGAAUUUUGAUAAGUAGGUUGAAUUUAGUAUGGGUACUAUUUUCUUAUCUAUAUGAUAAUAGCAAACAUGUAUUGUAAAUCAUAUUUUUGUCAUGCCAAUUUUAAUAUGCGAGGGGUUUUAGAAAUUUGUUGUAAGUUAUUUUGAUAUUUCUUGUCUUUGCACAUUUUUUGGUCCAGAAUCUUCAAUAUAUUAAAAAUUCUGAGUGGUGGGAAAA